GGUAAUUCCAUACAUCUCGACUUGAAACCACCGUAUGACAACAUCAUCACGCAAGCCCGAAUUACAAGAAACAGUCUUCAAGUCUCCUCCUCUCUCCCGGCAAAGUGGCUUGGGUGCCAUCCAGUCUUCCAGUGUCUAUCAAUAAAAACAUAACGAAAAUCAAAAAGAAAAACGUAAAGCAGCAAUGGCCACUACCACGAACUCACCAUCACCGACGAUAGCCAUCAUCGGCGCAAGCGGCAAGCUCGGCGGCGCGACCCUGCACGCCCUGCUCGAGCACGCCCUGCACCCGCCCGCAAACAUCAUCGCCCUGACCUCGUCCAAGCCCGGGUCCGAGACGUGGGACAAGCUCGCCUCCACCUCCUCCUCAUCAUCGGGAAGUCCCAGCAUCCAAGUCCGCCACGCCACCUUUGACGACCCGCAGAGCCUCACCGCGGCCCUCGACGGCGUGGACGUCUUCUUCCUCGUCUCGACGCCGCGGAUAUCCAUGGACUUCAACGAUGCCCCGCCCGGUACUGGCCGGGAGGCGCAUCACUUCGCCGCCAUCGAUGCCGCCGUGGCCGCGGGGGUCAAGGUCCUCGUCUACUCCAGCUUGGCCUUUGGGUUCCGCAGCUUCGCCGCUCGGCGCAGCCACAAUGUCAAGGAUGGUGCCUCCGAGGGAGAGUCCAAGGCCGGCGUCAUGCGGGCGCAUCUGCGGACUGAGGCCUAUCUCGCGGAGCUGGCUGCACAGGGGAAGCUGCAGAGCACCGUGAUCCGGGAGGGCCUGUACAACGAGUCCUGGCCUCUGUACCUGGGUUACUUCGACACCAAGGCGUACCUGGAGGACAAGGCCGGAGAGGAGAAGGGGCGCGAAGAGGUGGUCAAACUAGCCGGCGACGGCAAGAUCAGCUGGACAGCCAUCAAGGACCUGGGUGUUGGAAGCGCCGUGGUGCUCUCGUCGCUUGCAGCAUUCCUCAAAUCAGGAAACCAAGGGAUCAGCGAUAACAGAAGCAAUGAAUUCCUUGGCAGAAAAUUCUACCUCUCUAACCCGCCUUCAACAGCUCUGACGCUUGCUGAGGUGGCGAACCUAAUUACCGAGACUGCCACCACCGCCAAAGCCACCGCACGGAAAAUCAAGGUCCAGAUCGUGCCCCUGCGCGAGCACAUUGCGACGUAUACGUCCCGCUCAGGACCGGAAAGCAAACCAGCUGUCGAGUGGUGGGCGAGGACUUAUCCGGCUCUUGAGGAUGGUGAGUGUCAUGUCGACGACUCCACGCUGGCUGAGUUGCUCGGCCGAGUCGGAGUCAAGGCUACACCCAUGGAGGAAACUGUGCGGGAAAUGAUCAUCGGUAGAAGCCCAUGAGUGUUUUGCUUCAUCAAGCAAAAAGAUGUCAAAUGUCUGGGCUGGUAGCAUGCUGUGGCGGAAGCACAUAGCAAAGCUCUCAAUGUCCGACACGUUACUCACGCGGGCUAUCUUCUUACGGUUCAAGUCAGCCGUCCCAUUGCAGCCGUGUACUUCUUUCCUGCAAGUCCUUCUCCAUGAUGCCGCCAUCUUGAUAGUAGUGUGCAAGUGUCAUGGCGUAGCCGAACCAUUUCUUGCU